UUUUCACUUUGCUCCAUGCAGAUGCGGUGCGGUUGGGCCGCGGGCGGGGAGGGGCCAGCGCUGAUGCGGCACGGGCGUGUGACAGCGGCGCGGCCCGACCCGCUCCGCCCGGCUCGGCUCGGCUCGGCUCGGCUGCAGCCCGGACCCGCCUGUGCUCGGAGUACCUGCGACGCAGCUGGGCUAUUCUUUAACUGCGGGAGAAGUGCCUCUCUUCCCUUCACGCAAGCUCCCUGCUGGCUUUCUGCAUCCGUAAUUCCUCCGAGCCGUUUUUCCCUCCGGCGUUCUCCCGCUACUUCUUUUUCCCUUUCCCCCCCUUUUUUUUCUUCCUCUAUUUUAAUUUUUUUCCCUUCUUUUUCCCGCUCGUUUUUCGCCCCCCUCCCAAUCUGUGCUGCCUCAAUAGCCCUCAUUAUGCUGUGCUCAGUGGCCCGGUGUGUUCCCCGCCUCUGCUAGGCAGUGGCAGCAUGGAUGGUGCUCUUGUGACGACCUCUGCUGAUGCUAUCAGUCCACUGCGGAUAGGCAUGCUGAGUAAUCCUGCUGUAAAUGGGCGAGGACACGGACACACGGAAAAUUAACCACAGCUUUCUGCGAGACCACAACUAUGUGACUGAAGGGAAAGCUAUAAGGAAGCUUGUGCGCAAGGCGACUCUGGUGGCAUCUAGAAUCCUCAGAUUUCCUUGACUGAAUCCAUCUGGGUUUAGCCCUAAAUAUAGUAGACAAGCUGCACUGCUUGCACUGAUAAAUUAUAUCUUCCAAAUGAUAGACCAAGCUGAUAUUAUUUCUACAGUUGAGUUCAACCACACUGGAGAACUGCUGGCUACUGGUGACAAGGGGGGCCGAGUUGUUAUAUUCCAAAGGGAACCUGAGAGUAAAAAUGAGCCUUACAAUCAGGGGGAGUACAAUGUUUACAGCACUUUCCAGAGCCAUGAACCUGAAUUUGAUUAUUUGAAGAGUUUGGAGAUAGAAGAAAAAAUAAACAAGAUCAAGUGGUUGCCACAGCAAAAUGCAGCUCACUCACUCCUAUCAACAAAUGAUAAAACAAUCAAAUUGUGGAAAAUUACUGAAAGAGAUAAGAGACCGGAGGGGUACAACUUAAAAGAUGAAGAAGGAAAGCUUAAAGAUCUUUCUACAGUAACAUCACUGCAGGUGCCUGUAUUGAAACCCAUGGAUUUGAUGGUGGAAGUCACUCCCAGGAGAAUCUUUGCUAAUGGUCACACCUAUCAUGUCAACUCAAUAUCCGUCAACAGUGACUGUGAGACGUACAUGUCAGCGGAUGAUCUCAGGAUUAACCUCUGGCAUUUGGCUAUCACAGAUAGGAGCUUCAACAUUGUGGAUAUAAAGCCAGCCAAUAUGGAGGACCUGACAGAAGUGAUUACAGCCUCCGAGUUCCAUCCCCACCACUGCAAUCUCUUUGUCUACAGCAGCAGCAAAGGAUCCCUGAGACUCUGCGACAUGAGGGCAUCGGCCCUCUGUGACAAACAUUCCAAGCUUUAUGAAGAACCAGAAGACCCCAGUAACAGAUCAUUUUUUUCAGAAAUUAUCUCUUCAGUGUCAGAUGUCAAAUUCAGUCACAGUGGUAGAUACAUGCUUACAAGAGAUUACCUCACUGUCAAGGUUUGGGAUCUGAACAUGGAAACAAAGCCUGUAGAAACAUACCAGGUCCAUGAUUACCUUAGAAGCAAGUUAUGUUCCCUCUAUGAAAACGACUGCAUCUUUGACAAGUUUGAAUGUGCAUGGAAUGGAUCAGACAGUGUGAUAAUGACAGGUGCAUAUAACAACUUCUUUCGAAUGUUUGACCGCAACACCAAGCGGGAUGUGACCUUGGAGGCUUCCCGGGAGAGCAGCAAACCACGAGCCAUCCUUAAGCCCCGGAGAGUCUGCGUUGGAGGCAAGAGGAGGAAAGAUGACAUCAGUGUUGACAGUUUGGACUUUACUAAGAAGAUCUUGCACACAGCAUGGCACCCAACCGAGAACAUCAUUGCUAUAGCAGCGACAAACAAUCUGUACAUAUUUCAGGAUAAAGUGAACUCAGAAAUGCACUAGAUUUAUCAAUAUCCCUCUAUAUUUACAAACCAGCCUCUUGAGAGUUGUAGAAGGAUGUGAUCUUCACAAAAAUUGUGGCUUCUGUGGUGGGAUUUGUAGGUUGCAUCCUUUCAUCCCUCAGCCUGUAUCAUUAUUGGUGGCAAGCCAAUUCUUUUCCAUCACUGCAACUGUAUGAGUAAAAGGCACGAGUGCAAAUCCAGUACUGUGGUCUGUAUCGGUUCCUUUAAACAAACAGGGAUAUUUAUUCAGUUUAGGAGUGUUCCUGAGGAGGGCUGAGGCUCUUCAACCCCUGUCCAUCCUUUCGAGGGUCUCAGUGGUUUGCAGGACUGUGGUGUUCUGGUGCCCUUCCUGCUUUUGCAGUGUGCAGCAUUUACCACAUUUUUAGAGCUUUUUGCCUCAGUCUCUUGAUUGGGUUUUUUUUCCAGUGCUGUUUUCUUGUCUUUCAAUUAGGCCAAGCCUGUUUGAAGGAAUGAAUAGCCACUUUCCUUUAGAGCAUGUAGGUGUGGCACAUUGGAGGGACCUCAUGGGAGUUGGAGCUGGAAGCAGAAUCCCAGCUGGUGAAAAACUACCCUUUCUCUCCCAUCCCAUUCCCUUCUUUACAGUAUCCUCUUAUUUAUUUAUUUAUUUAUUUAUUUAUUUAUUUAUUUAUUUAUCACAUUACUUUGUGCUUCACCUUCCCAAGUGACUAAGUGACAGACUGAUAUAGUUACUCAGCCAGCUUGUUUUAAGUUUAUUCUCCAUGGUUCUCUUUGCUCUAUUUAAAACAAUAAGUAGUAUCUUCAUUGUGUGAGGACUAUUACAAAACUUGGCAUUGCAGCUCUGGAGGGACUGGCUGGUCAGACACAGCCUGGCAAUUCACACAAACCUGUGCUACCAUUUGGGGUUAGAGUUCUGGAAACCUUGGAUAGAAGUGCUCUCCUUGAAAGCAGCAACCAACUUGAGUGGGAACAAAGUUACAUCUCUGCUAGACACGCUUGAUAAAGUCCCUUGUUUGUUGUUUGCAGAAUGGUUAUGUUAAUCCUGGCCUUUAGGGAGCACAGGCAAUGCCUGGUAUCUGUAACUGUGAAAAUAAUGGUGCUGCCAGAGCAGCACUGCUCAGUGAAUUUUAACACUUUUAAAUGAGGCCGCUUCUGGGAGACCAUGUCCUGGAGAAACAUGAAAAUUUGAAAAAUCCAAACCUAACGAAACCUUUCUCCACAGAAAUGCUCUUAGAUCUGUCUCUGUUCUGUAAUGAUGAUAAAUGGAAAAGGAAAGUACACACAAAAUAGGGCAUGCAGGAAUGGCAUGGGAACAAUGCAGUGGGCAGGAAGUCCUCUUAAUCCAGAAAAAGAAAGUUCUGCUGCACGUUUAAUAGCUCUGGCAGAAAAUUCAAUAUCCCAAACGAUUCCUACUCUAACCAUGAAUAAAAGAGCACAACUCACAUGACCUGUUAAUCUGCCCAUAUUAAAACUCCUCAGAAAAAAAAAGUCUUUAAGCCAUUAUGCACUGAUUUCUUGGUAAGUGGAGAAUGUACCGAUGAAGGGAUCUGCAUGCUUUUGUAUUUUGGUUUGGGGGAAGGGUGGGUGAAAAUCUGCUUACAAGAAAUAAAAAAAACAAAGUCUAGAGCUUUUAUAUGACAUCUCAACACCACACCUGAAAUCUGUCUGAAGUUUUCUAGAUCAAUGCUGUAUAUUUUGUGUGUAGAAGCACAAACACAUGUGCACCAGUUUCCAGCCACACUAAACACAUACGGUAUGAAAUGUGUAGGGUGAUUUUAAAGGGAACAAAGAAUGUUUGUUUAUAAAAUACUGUGUGCUGUAGCAGGCAUGGACAGUAUAUGUACAUAUUUAUUCUAUUGAAAUUUAACAGAAUUGCCUUUUCCUUUUCUUUUUCCUUGUAAAAAGGUUUAAGAGUGUCGUAAAUUGUAUAGAGAACUCGUUAAAGCCAAACUACUGCUUCAAGGGUGUCACACAAUUUCUUUGACUUUUGGACCCCUCCAUUAAUCUUUGCAGCUCAAAAAGGAAAAAAAAAAUUGCUAUCAGCUCAUAUUGGCUUUUACAGCUAGAGAUACUGCAAAACAUAUAUUUAGCUUUUAACAUUCUCAAGUAAGAUUCUAUAGAUAACUUAUUAUAAAGCAGAUCUUAAUGCAACCUUUUUUUGUUUUAUUUGAAGUACCUUACUCUCUUUCAGCUUUGGGUACCAAAAAGAACAUGUUAAAAUUAAAUAAACAAAUAUAUCUUUGGAGCUUUAUAAAACUAAUUAAAUACCCAACCAAAAUACCAUGAAGUAAUCCUAGAGGAAAUAAAUAGAAACCUUUCAAAGACCAGUAUUCCGUUCCUGUCUUUGACAUCACUGUUACAGAUUGGUUUCCUGGUUUCUUGAAUGUAUGGAAAGUAAACAUCGUCAUUGUGAACGUUUCCAACUUUCUUUCUCUUUUUAGUUUGAGCUUUCAGUGGUGUAGAGUAAGUGAUGGUAAAGUUGGUAAAUCUGAUUGUUUUGAAAGCUGUUGUUCAUGGCUGCAUUUUUUGUGUUGCACAAAUUAGCUAACUGUUGUUGAAUAAAAAUAUAAAUAUGUUAAUACCAGCUUUUUCAAUAAAACUACAACCAAAAAAGGCAUAAAUA